GUGAACAAAUCAAACGCCUGUGCUCCAUGACGGCAUCUUCUGGACAGCAAAACCUGUGCAGGUUGUCAGCAAGAAGCGGUCAUUUUCUGCACAUUUUAGCAGCCGUUCUCCGAAAUAAAUAGAAGGUUUUGAAGGAAAAGAGACUCAUCUUACAUUCAGGGUAAUUAAACGCUGAAUGCGAGCAACUGAUGUGAAGCAUCUCCUCCUCCCUAAAUAAUAGGGAGGCUUCAUCAGAGGAAAACAUAGCUUGCUUUUAGAUUAGAUUUGCAGUUGCUUUUUACGUCAAUCAAAUAAAAAGCAAGUAAUGGCGACAAGUGCUAAGAGACCAUCCCUGCAGGGUCCUGUGGCACCUCCUCGCAAGAAGACGACCCCCAAACCAGAGUUGACCGAGGAGCAGAAGCAGGAGAUCAGGGAGGCGUUUGAGCUGUUUGACACCGACGGAUCUGGAUACAUUGAUGUCAAGGAGCUCAAAGUGGCAAUGAGAGCGCUGGGGUUUGAACCAAAGAAAGAGGAGAUCAAGAAGAUGAUCGGUGACGUGGAUAGGGACGGCACAGGGAAAAUCUCCUUCGCUGACUUCCUCUCUGUCAUGACACAGAAAAUGGCCGAGAAGGACUCCAAAGAGGAGAUCCUGAAAGCUUUCCGCCUGUUUGAUGACGACGAGACGGGCAAGAUCUCGUUCAAGAAUCUGAAGAGAGUAGCCAAGGAACUGGGAGAGAACCUCACAGAUGAAGAGCUGCAGGAAAUGAUAGAUGAAGCAGACAGGGAUGGUGACGGAGAAGUGAACCAGCAGGAGUUCCUGCGCAUCAUGAAGAAAACCUGCCUCUACUGAAGAGGGUUGAGGGGACCAGUGGUGGUUUCAUCUAAUUUCCUUACCCUUCCCUUAUUAUUGUGUCGUGCCAUACAUUUCCACUUGUAAUGAGUCCAUCAAAAGGUUCACUGUCACAUACUACACUGAACGGAAGUUGUUAAAUAUUUGUGGUCAAACGCCAAUUAUCCUUUACAUAAUAAUCUACAUUACAUUUGCCAAACAAUGUCAGAGAAUACUCUUUUGUUUGGAAUGCUGCAUACUUUUAGGAAGAAUACAUUGAUAACCUUAUUGUUAGAAAUUCUCAGUGCCUACGUCAAUACGGUGACAAACCGUACAUUCCGAUGCUUUGAUAAGUAAUUCUGCAUUCAGUUUCCUCCAUCUGUAGAUUGUUUGGCUUGCACUCCCAUGUUUUGGAUCUUGUAACCGCUGAUGAUUGGGGAGCGCUGUCUCACCUCAGUGCUGCCUGUGGAUUGGUGCCUGUGCCUCUUAAAAGGGAUGAUCCCAAUGUCUUUAACAUCAUUAACAGUGUAGUAGUGUAUGUGUUUUUCUUGUAGCAUCAAUUAUACAUCCCUCUGUUGUGUAACUACUACAAAAUAUUCUGUAUUCUUGGCAUUUUUGUAUAAUACAUAGGGACUUAAAUGAGUGUUUGAGGAACAAAUUAAAUAUCUUGAAUCA